CCCCGCGUGACCCCGCGUGACUGGGGCCCGAGCCGAGAGGCCAGGAGGUGGGAGCCUGGGACCCCAGUCAGUAGAAAGGCGACCCGCAAAGGUGGAGCUAAACUUGCAAGUCUCAAUAGGGAUUGGAGUUGAUGCCGCGGGGGCGGAGCCUAACGCCCACGGUCCUGGCCAAUCAGCGUCCGGGAUGAUCUGAGAGGCCGGGAAGGGGAAAGGGGCGAAACGGUUCUACGGUGACAUGCCGCGGGGUCUAGUGGGAGGAGCAGUUGCCCAGCGGCCGCCCGGCACUUCCUGUUUCCGGUUCCCGGAGUGGAGCCCAGCGAGGCGAUCGUGGGGUCGCUGGCUCUGCGGCGAGCUCUGGAACCGGGGUCUGCGGCCGGCCCCUCGCUGGUCCUGUCUCCCAGCCUCGAGCAGGUACUCGGCCGGGGAUUCUGAGCUGUGGCUGCUCCGUUUGCCCGUGACACGAUGCUCCCCCUCUACAGCUCCUGGAGGACUGGCCUGCUGCUGCUGCUGCUGCUGCUCGCCGCAGCAGUAAGAGAAUCCUGGCAGACCGAAGAAAAAACAUGCGACCUGGUAGGAGAAAAGGAUAAAGAGUCAGAGAAAGAGUUGGCUCUACUGAAGAGGCUGACACCGCUGUUCAACAAAAGCUUUGAGAGCACCGUGGGCCAGGGCCCAGACAUGUAUAUCUACGUGUUCCGGGUGUGCCGAGAGGCCAGCAACCACACCUCUGGGGCAGGCCUGGUGCAGAUCAACAAAAGUAAUGGGAAGGAGACAGUAGUAGGGAGACUCAACGAGACUCAGAUCUUCAAUGGAAGUAAUUGGAUCAUGCUGAUCUAUAAAGGGGGUGAUGAAUAUGACAGUCACUGUGGCAAGGAGCAGCGUCGGGCGGUGGUGAUGAUCUCCUGCAAUCGACACACCCUAGCGGAUAAUUUUAACCCUGUGUUUGAGGAGCGAGGCAAAGUCCAAGAUUGUUUCUACCUCUUUGAGAUAGACAGCAGCCUGGCCUGUUCCCCAGAGAUCUCCCACCUCAGCGUGGGUUCUAUCUUACUUGUCACGUUUGCAUCGCUGAUCGCUGUCUACGUCAUUGGGGGGUUCCUGUACCAGCGACUGGUGGUGGGAGCCAAAGGAAUGGAGCAGUUUCCACACCUGGCCUUCUGGCAGGACCUCGGCAACCUGGUAGCAGAUGGCUGUGACUUUGUUUGCCGAUCUAAGCCCCGAAGCGUGCCUGCCGCGUACCGCGGUGUGGGGGAUGACCAGCUGGGGGAGGAGUCGGAAGAAAGGGACGAUCACUUACUACCCAUGUGACCGCACUUUCGAUGGCCGGCUUCUCCAGCCCCCAAACCAAAGCGUCCUCAGCCAGGUUUCUUAAGCAGCCUCCACUCCAGUCUCUCAUCUCACCCUUAAUAUUGCUCUUGCUUUCUGGUUUGCUUUUGGUUUGCAUCCACUUGCCAGUAGUAGAAAUGCCUUCCCUUUGUUCCCUAUCUGUUUUCCCUCCUGAGAGGUACAGUCGUAGGACAGAGGUCAUAUAAUAGGGCCAAUGACAGCAGAGGCUGUUGUACUGUCUCUUGAUAUCAGAAAGUACAAGUCGGGGAGUUAUCGUGAGCAAAAGGGUGUGGCAGGCUCCCUGACCCUUCCUUUUUUAAACACGUUUUCACAAGUUUUUGAGACACUGGAUUUCUUUAAUUUAAAAAAAAAAGCAAAGAAACA